AUGAUGAAGAUCUCAAAAGGCUAUCAAAGCUUUUGCAAUGUACUUGCUUUGGGAACUCCAUACAGGACAAAACAGAGCUUGGUAGAAUUAGAGCAAAGUUUAAAUGAAUUUGCUAAUGUAUUAGACGCAAAUGAAGUUUUACUCUUUGAAAAAGAUAUAUUUCUCGUCUUUUCUCAAUUAGCUGUUACUCUGAUCAAAAAUGCCCGUAAAUAUUUUGAAAAAUUAGAAAGAGUUGCACAAAUUCAAAGCGCUCUUACUAGAUAA